AGGGUCGACGUCCCCCACGAGGGGACUGAACAAAGAGACCAAGGUUACAAUCAAUGGUGUGACCUUUCCCCUCACCCUGGGAACCCCCGCGCAGCCCCUGCUGAAGCCUGGUGAUUGGAGCUACUGUGACUAUUUCUGGGUGAGGGGUCACUGGGCACCUUGUCGCCAUGGUGACAUUAUCCCCCCUUCUGUUCUCUCACCUUCCCCAACACAUCACAUCACUACAGCUGCACUCACGACAGCCCAAUGGUCCUCCCACCAUUUUUCACCAUUGUAACACCAUGCACUUGUAUUACAUUAUUAUCACAGUGCUUAAUUUGUGAAUCAAAGGCUAUAUGAGAGCGGAGGGGCAAGCGCAGGUCCCGGAAGUCGUACGAAACGCAGUGAGAGAUGCUGGCAAAAAAAUAUGUGCUGGAACGCAGACAGUCAAAAACAGAGAGGACCUGGAAUGGAUUCCGACAGGAUCCGGCACAAAUUAAGCAUCGUAUAUAUUGUAAACCCACGUACAUGAGUAUGGGUUAGAAGCCGCCAGUUGUCAUAGUGCCUAGAUUUUCAGCAUCGCACAGUACACAACUUUUCACCAUCGUAGGAGUACUCUUUGUGUUGCUUAUUUAACUGAAUGUUUGAGUUAUGGUGGAAAUUUCUGUCGUUGUAAAUCAAGUGACACAUUCUCUCAUUCCCAAGACUGAUAAAAAGGACCCCCAAGGGGCCUCAUGCAUCACGGGCUUCGAGGUCCUGCUGCAGAAGCAGCUGAAGGGGAAGCAACUGCAGAAGGAGAUGGCGGAGUUCAUCCGGGAGAGAAUAAAGAUAGAAGAGGAAUAUGCCAAGAACCUGGCCAAGCUCUCACAGGUCCCCCUGGCCGCUGGAGAAGAAGGCACCCUGGGCGAAGCCUGGAGCCAGCUGAAGCGCAGCCUGGCGGACGAGGCCGAGGUGCACCUCAGGUUCUCAUGCAAGCUCCACUCGGAGGUGGAGAAACCUCUCCUGUCACUCCGAGACAACUUCAAGAAAGACAUGAAGAAGUAUGACCAGAACAUCUCUGAGCUGCGCAAGCAGCUACUGAGCCGAUACGUCGCUGUGGAGAAGGCUCGCAAAGCCCUGACAGACCGUCAGAAAGACCUGGAGGUCAAAACGCAACAACUCGAGGUCAAGCUAAGCAACAAAACAGAGGUGGACAUCAAAAAGGCCCGGAGAAAAUCCACCCAGGCAGGGGAUGAACUUAUGCGCUGCAUCGACCUUUACAACCAGGCGCAGUGUCGGUGGUUCGAGGAGAUGGUCACAUCGAGCAUGGAGCUGGAGAAGCUGGAGGUAGAUCGUGUGAAGACGAUACGACAACACCUCUGUCGGUACACCAUGCUGAGACGAGAAACUGACAUGUUUAGCCAAAGUAUGCUGGAGCCCGUGGACCAGCUACUGAAAAGCGUGGACCCAGCCAGGGACCGGCAGCUGUGGGUGAUGGAGCACAUGACCGGGCAAAUCCGGCCUGUGGACCUGGACCUCUAGAGGAUAGUGAAGGGGGCCCAGGCUGCCCUCUACAGCAGCGUUUCUCAAGCCGGUCCUCAGGGGACCCCAAGACAGUCCACAUUUUUGUUUCCUUCCAGCUCCCAGCCAAUCAAGAACACCGGAUACCUGGUACAGGUGGGCUGGGAGCCGGGCAGGAGCAAAAAUGUGGACUGUCUUGGGAUUCUCACGGACUGGAUUGAGAAACGUUCUACAGCACAGAGAUGCCUGGCAGAUACUCUCAUCCAAAGCUACUGGCAUAGCUGGAAAUGUUUUAUUAUGGUUUUUAUUUAUUUUUUAAAUACACAGACUUAGCUGUUACUGUUAAUAUCUUUAUGGUUAUGAAACAGGCUCUGGUAUCAUAAAUCUUAUUUUGUUACUUUACACCUUGAAUUCUCGUACAUGUUUGUGUAAAAUGUGACCUGACAAAUCUGUUUUGUGAAAAUUAAUGAACUCAUGUGCAUCCUCUCAUUCUAGUUAAUUGUGACUAUUAAGUGUUUUAAAGUACUGUAAAGGUUUGAUUAAAUGGAUGUUAAACCGUC